UACAGACCCAGGCAGGAUGAGAUAAACAAAUCACCCACUGUCAAAUGUGAUGUCAGAGUGAAUGGACGGGAAAAGGUUUGCUGUGGAUACAGUCAGACUGAAAGUGAAGCUUUACAAGAAAAGAACCCUAGCCAAUUUUUCCAGGAUCAUUAGAAAGAAUUGUUUUUGGACUGCUCUACACAAAUUCCUGACUGGUUUCAGGCUGAGUGGUUGUUAGAGCUACAGCACUGCACAGAGCUGGGAUUUUCUCAGAACAAGAGCUGAUCUCAAACCCCAAAUCUGAGGCUAGACAAAGCAGCUGAGCACCAUUAGAGACGAAUGCUCUCUUUGUUCACCUCUCUGUUACUGCAGAGAUGUCUUGGGAACCCAAAACGGUCUUCCUCUGUGUUUUGACGGCCUACAUCACAUCGCUGGUCGUGGGUGUGGAGGAUAGGCAGAGAGAUGAUGAAUGUGCUGAUCUCAAUAACACCACGUGGCGAGAGUAUCGCCAGUGGAGAGCCAAGCUGCAGGUUCACUACCUGUUGCUGACCAGAAGAAACAUGGACUGUGCACAAACGUUCACCCAGGAGUCUCUCACCAACCAAUCCUCCCACUUCAACAUCUCCCUCCCGACCAAGAUCAUCAUCCAUGGAUACAGAGCCCUGGGCAGUAAGCCAUCCUGGGUGAAGGAGCUGGCGCAGUCCCUCCUCAGGGUGCAGGAUGUCAACGUGCUGGUGGUGGACUGGGUCUAUGGCGCCUCCUUCGCCUACAAUCUGGUGGUGGAGAAUUACAAGGAGGUGGCUGUGCAGAUCUCUGUCCUCAUCAACCAGCUGCAGAAGCGUGGAUGCAAAUUAGAGUCCUGCCAUUUCAUCGGGAUCAGUCUCGGGGCACAUGUCGCUGGCUUUGUAGGAACUCUAUUUGAGGGGAAGAUAGGACGAAUCACAGGCCUCGACCCUGCUGGACCCAUGUUUAAAAGAGCUGACACCUUUGACCGGCUUGACCCCUCGGAUGCUCAGUUUGUCGAUGCCAUCCACACCGACUCUGAUUAUUUUGGCAUUUCUAUCCCUGUCGGCCAUGUGGACUUCUUUCUAAAUGGAGGGAAAGACCAGACUGGAUGUGCCAACUCCAGGUUUGCCUCAAUGUAUGGCUACGUCAUAUGUGACCACAUGAGGGCGCUGCACAUCUACAUGAGCACACUGAAUGGCUCGUGCCUUCUGAAGGGGAUUCCAUGCUUUAGCUAUGAGGACUUCCUGAAGGGAAACUGUGUGAACUGUGAUACUUUCAAGGGGACUUGUCCAACUAUAGGUUUAUCAGGGUGCAGUGGGAUAACCAUUUCUCCAGUUCCUAAAGAGCAGAAGUUGUUUCUUCUCACCACCUCAUCGGCACCUUUCUGUGCUCAUCACAUCCUACUGCAGCUGGAGGUGUCUCCACUGCAUAAAAGCGCUGAGGUGGAGGUGACACUGAGAACUGAGAACCUGGGAACAAAGCAGAGGCUCAAGCUGCAAACAGCCACGACAAUGUACAAGGCGGUGUUGGCUCACCCCGUGGCUCUGUGUGAGAUCCACUGCAUUGAGCUGAAGAACACUGGAGCUUGGUUUUACAGACAGGGAGACAUCCACAUUAAGUCUGUCUGUCUGUCCGAGUUUCCAUCUAUCAGGCGAGAGGAGCCGCUUUGUGUCAACAACUUCAACGUCAGACGUAGAGCUCCAUGGUCACAUGACUUUGUGCAAGUGUGUGGCAUCUUCUGAGAAAAGAAAGAAAUCUACUUAAGAAGAUGCAUGUAAGAAAUAUCAACCAGGUGGUCACCUAUAUAUGCCAACAGGAAGUUAGUUUCACAUUUUCACCACCUUGUUUAACAUUAGGAAACUGUUUAAUCUCAGUGGCUGGAGCCAAAGAACCACAUUGUAAUCUGGACCCAUUGUGCUACUGACUGACAACAUGCAGGUUAGUCAUACUGUUAUUUAGCUACUCCACUGAUAUUCUAACAUCAUGACUGCCACAAUUAUGAAACCAUGAAAAAAUAAACAAAAGUUUUUCUU